CAAUGUCAGUCAAGUGUGCAGGGAAAAGUCGACCUUCUUCAUCGGUCCCACUGUGCCAACUUCACCCCCAAGUCAUUUGACCUAACCACCACCACCACCACCGCAAUGACUGCUCCUCCGGCGGCUCAUUCUUAUCUAUUUUUCUCUUUCAUUUUCAGAGAUGUACUCAAGAUGAAUCCAGGCUCCAACACGUAGAGAGAGAGAGAGAGAGAGAGACUCAGAAUUUAAAUAGUCUUAAUGGAGGCGAAGCUCUGGGAAGCAGCCAUAAACGGAAGCGUAGAGUCUCUGCUCGAGCUGCUCGAAGAAGACCCGCUUAUUCUGGACAAAACCAUUGUCUCCUGCGUCGCCCAAACGCCCCUCCACGUCGCCGCCAUGCUCGGCCACCUCGCCUUCGUCAGGGAGGUCCUGACUCGGAAGCCCGAGUUGGCCUCCGAGUUGGACUCGGAGGGCUGCUCGCCCCUCCACCUGGCGGCCGCCAAGGGUCACCUGGAGAUCGUGAAAGAGUUGGUUCCGGCGGAUCCGGAGGUGGGUCUGGUGCGGAACUCGGCGGGGUGGACGGUGCUGCACGCGGCGGCGAUCAAGGGGAGGGCGGCGGUGCUGGCUGAGUUGGUCGGAGUCAGGCCCGAGUGGACCCGGGUGUUGACCGACCGCGGCGAGACCGGGUUGCAUCUCUGCGUGAGGAAUAACAGGGUGGAGGGCUUGAAGGUGUUGGUGGAGGAGUUGAUGGACAAAAAGGAUUAUGGGGAAUUGUUAAAUUGGAAAGAUUGCGAUGGCAAUACAAUCUUGCAUAUUGCUGUGGCCAAGAAGCAACUGGAGAUAGUAAAACUUCUGCUUACUACCGGUGCAGUGGAGGUAAACACCUUGAACAGAAACGGAUCAACAGCUUUAGACAUCCUAACACGGAGUCCCCGAGACCUGAGAGACUUGGAAAUUGAAGGUUCUCUUCGACGAGCUGGAGGUUUAGGCGUGAAGGACCUACAUGUAAUCACCUACGAAUUCGAAUUGGAUCCAUCGAUACCUCCUCAGUCCACAAAACGACGCCUGUCCUCCGAACAGAGACCUGCUGCCGUGGAGCAGAAGCAUAAGCAUAGGCAGGGGGGUUGGCUUGGCAGGAAGCGAGGCGUGUUGAUGGUGGUGGCUUCUCUGAUCGCAACCGUGGCCUUCCAAGCCGGGCUAACCCCACCGGGGGGAGUGUGGCAGGACGAUUCCGAUGGGGAGCAGCCUCACACGGUUGGAACAUCAGUAAUGGCCUACAAGGAGCCGUUCUUUUACGGCCAAUUCAUGAUAUUCAACACCGUUGCCUUCCUGGCCUCUCUGAGCAUAAUUCUGCUGCUUGUGAGCGGCCUACCUAUUAAGAAGCGGCGAUGGAUGUGGUUUCAGAUGGUGAUAAUGUGGAUUGCCAUCACUGCGCAGGUGAUCACCUUCUUCCUCUCGCUGCGACAUCUGUGCCCCAAGGAGAGUAACGUCCAGGGCACGCUGCGCGAGGUGCUAGAGAUAUCGGUCUUGACAUGGCUGACGCUCAUGGGCGUUGUCUUCAUUGGAAAUCUCGUUCGGAUGAACUUGUGGAUUCUCAGAAAGUACGGUUACAUUAAAGAGAAGGAGAGACCUGCAGCAGAAAGCCGCCGCGAGGACUACGAAGAAGAAGAUGAAGACGAAGAUGAUGAAAGUUAAGACCGAGUAUCAUCAUGGAUGGGUCGUUUGCUAUUGUUGCUCUCCAUAGUCCAUAUAUAUAUAUAUAUAUAUAUAUUGAUUCUUCUUGCAGGUUUGCCUAUAUCAUUUCAACAAUUUUUUGUGUCUUGUAGAUUUUUCGUUUUUGGAUUCAUAUUCUUCAUCCUGGGUGUGUAAGUGUAAUAUUGAUGAUGAUCUGCAGACCCACCCUGUUGUAAACUGAUCGCUUACGUAAAUGAUGAUCCAUUGUUGAUAAUAUGAAAUGAAAUAACUGUUUUAAAUGUGA